CCGCCAGCUGGAGGAGAUAAAGAACAACGGACCUGUCAGCCGGCCGCCAUUAAAACACAACAUCAACACAACGAUGCUGUCUGUUCACACUGUAACCUGCUAUAAACAUCUAUUAUAAGUUUAUAUCAGUGAACGGAUUCUUUGUGAAGCUCUGACACGGAAAGGAAAUGUAGCUACCGACCGGAACCGACCCGGUGUUCUGUUGAGUAGCUGUUAACGCUCGGUAGCUUAGCUUAGCAUAGCUAGCUUCAGCUGUUAACUUCAGCCGUUUGCUUCAGCCGUUAGCCGUUAACUCCAGCCGUUAGUACAGUUAACUUCAGCCGUUUGUUUCAGCCGUUAGCCGUUAACUUCAGCCGUUAACUUCAGCCGUUUGCUUCAGGAGAGGAGAUGGGACGAGGAAGCCGACCCCCCAUGGGACCGCCGGGUGAUAACGGACCUCCGUUCGACAUGGGUCCGCCUGGUUGGGGUCCUCCGCCGCCCGGUGGAUGGGGGCCACCGCCCGAUGAAUGGGGCCCCCCGCCGCCCGGAGGAUGGGGUCCAAGAGGCCCUCCGCCGCCUGGAGGGUGGGGACCGAGAGACUCUCCUCCGCUCGGCUGGGGACCAAGAGGGGGCCCAUCACCGCCGGGCUGGGGGCCUCAUCCAGAUGACUACAGACCUCCUCACCCUGACGACUGGCUGCCUCCCCACCCCGAUGACUACAGACCUCCUCACCCAGAUGAUUGGAGACCUCCUCACCCAGAUGAUUGGAGACCCCCUCAUCCAGACGACUGGAGACGCCCUCACCCUGACUACAGACCUCCCCACCCUGAUGACUACAGGCCUCCUCACCCUGACGACUGGAGACCCCCUCCGGGCUGGGGACCCCCUGGCUGGGGUCCGGAACGUCCCCCUGAGCCGUGGGGGCCCGAGCCAGUUCCCCCCGGACCCUUACCACCUGUUGCCCCCGGACCUUUACCACCUGUACCUCCUGUAGCGUUCCCUCCUCUACCCCCUGGACCUCCUCCGGAUCCCGCAGCCUUCGGACCGGUGUCCAUGCCGCCUAUCCUCCCUUCAGCCUGCGUGCCUCCUUCAUUGGGGUACCCGAGCUACCCUCCUCCUGGCUGGCCAGGAGGCCUGGAGCAGCUUCCUCCGCAGCCCAUCGUGGAGGAGGUGAUGCUCAACCCGCCGCCCGAUCAGCCUGAGUGGAUUAAAGCGUUGAUCUCGGCUCCGGGCGCUCAGUCCACUUUGGGGGAAACUAAGAAACCUGCCGAGGAGCUGGCCGUCACAUCUGCGGCUGACCCCGCCGCUGCCCCGAAACCAAAACCCAAACUGGAUCCCAGCAGGACCACCAGAGCGCUCGGCCUGCUGGGAAAACGAACGUUUGAUAAGCCUCCUCCAGGCAGGUCUACAGGGAUCAUCUCAUUCAUCGGGCCCUCGUUCGGCUACAUCGAGAGAGAAGAUCUGCAGAAGUUCACCUUCAGCUUCGCGGCCUUCUUUGGAAACCCCAAAGCCAUGACGCCCGGGGUCAGAGUUCACUUCACCGCCUGCAAGGAGAAGAAGAACAGCUUGAUAGCGACGGAUGUGAAAGUGGCGCCGGGUGGAACGGAGAACGUGGACACGGAGAUCUACGAGGCGGUGGUCAGCCAGCCCAUCACGGAGCCUCAGCCCGGCGAGCGGCAGUACCCGGGUCAGGUCCACGUGGACAUCGGGCCGCUGAGGACCAACCUGACGUUCGACAGGAAGGACAGCACGGUGACGCUGCUGAAGAAUGACCAGGUGCUCAUCAACCUGCUAACCGACAUCGUCACGGAGAAGAGGAGAGCCACCAACAUCAAACCCAAGAUCCCGUCCACCUUCAGAUUAACCGACGAGAUCAGAGAGGAGGGAGUCAUCAUCAGCCUGAACGACAACGAAGGCGUCAUCAAGUCUGACGAACACGGCGAGCUUCCCUUCAACGUCAAAGAGAACUUCAGCGACGUAGAGUUCACUGCCGAGGACGUCAACGAGGAGGUUGAGUUCACCGUCCUCACGCUGAAGGGGGGGAAGCAGGCCAUCAGGAUGCGGCGAGUGAAGGAGCCCCUCCUCCUAACGCUCUCCGCCGCCACUGCUGCUGCCGCUGCCACUGCCGGCGACGAGGAGGCCGACGAUGAAGAAUCUUUUCUCAGUCCGAAAUCCGGUGUCAGGCAGGAGCUGGGAGUCAACAUGAUGCUGGACCCAGAGCUGUAUGAGGGCAUCGUCAGCCAGACAAUCAUCGAGCCCACGCCUAACAUGAAGGGUUACCCGGGUCAGAUCCACGCCAACAUCGGCCCCUGCAAGACCAACGUGACCUUCGACCACCGAGACUGCAGCGUGACGCUGCUGAAGAACGACCACGUGUUGAUCAACCUGCUGGUGGACGUGGUGACGAAGAAGAGGAGAGCAGCCAACAUCAAACCCAAGAUCCCCUUCACCUUCAGCUACACCAGAGAGGAGAGAGAGCUGGGCGUCAUCACCUUCCUGGGUCCGAAAGAAGGAAUCGUCAACUCGGAGGAGCACGGCGAGCUUCCUUUCGACAUCUGUGAGAACUUCAGCGAAACCAAUUUCAACACCAAAGACAUCCACAAGGAGGUGGAGUUCACGGUGGCCGAGGUGAAUUCAGAGAAGAGAGCCAUCAGGCUGAUGAGGACGAAGAGGGUUGAGGACCAAAUCCUGGAAGAGCAGAAGAAACGGGAGGAGGAGGAGAAGAGGAAGAGGAGGGAGGAGGAGGAGAGGAGGAAACAAGUGGAGGAGGAGAGGAAGAGGAGGGAGGAGGAGCUGGAGGAGAAACGAAGAGAGGCGGAGAGGAAGAAGAGGGAGGAGGUGGCGCUGGCGCUGGCAGCGGCCAAAUGCAAAUGGACGCCGCUUGGCUUCCACAUCAGAAACCCCGACACGCUGGACGACAUCAGCAAGGAGCGAUUCCAAGGCACCGUCCUCCGAGCCAUCUCCAAAUAUCCACGUAAGGAGAUCAAGAAGGAGCCGGAGGAAAACAAGGAGGGACCAGGAGCUGGACAGAUGCUCCCCGGACAGGUAAAAAUUAAAGUGGAGGAAAUGGAUGAAGGUGAGAAGGAAGAGGCGGAAGGAAAACCUGAAGGAGAGGAGGGAAAGGAGGAAGAGGAGGAGGUGAAGAAGAAGAAGCAGUCUGUGGAGGCUGGAGGUGGAGCGGCGGAGAAACCGGACCCAGAGAUGGGUCGACUGGUGAUGACCAUCGACGGUGAACAGAAGCAGCUUACCUUCGGUCCCAACGACCUGCUGAGCACCGCCACCAUGCUGGACGGAGACAAGGUGCGUUUCAACAUCGCCACCCAUCAGGAGACCAAAGAGGAACGAGCCGCCUACGUGGAGAUCCUCCCCGACUCCUUCGAAGAGUCCAUCGAACAACGCCGACACGGCAUCGUGAUCGAGUUCUCCCACGCCACCGGAAUCAUCAAGUGUGCUCAGAACCCUCAGCUCUACUUCCACAUGUCAGAGGUCAUUGAGAAGAAGAGGCUGGAGCUCAACGAGAAGGUCGAGUUCAGCGUCGUCCCUCAUGAAACGGCAGAGGGGGGAAACCAGGCCAUCAGGAUAAAACGUUUCACCGAGAGCGUUUUCCUCCCCGUCAGGAAGUUGGGCGGUGUCGGGGCGAGUAAAGGAAAGAUGACCAUCAAGCUGGGUAAAGCUUCAGAAGACACUGAGGAUGAAAAACCAGAGGCAGACAAGCUGAAGGCGGUGGUGAAAAAUCUUAGAACGCAGGACAUCAAGACCAGAAGGGAUUAUGGUGCCUCUCGCCGUAGACAUGGCAGGAGCAGGAGUCCGAGUAGGAGUAGGGCCAGGAGUAGGAGUAAAAGUAGAAGCAAGAGUCCGCCCAGAGACCAGUUUGGACGUAUCGGCAAAAAGAGACGCAGCCCCAGCCCUGACCGCGACCGUAAAAGCAGCAGGUACAGACGAAGCCGAAGCCGAGAGAGGUCAAACAGGCCCACCAAGAGGCGCACGAAGAGCCGCAGCAGGAGUCGCAGCCGAAGCAAGAGCUCCGGCAGGAGUCGCAGCAGGAGCAUGGAGAGAAGCAAGGAGGUGGCCAUGAAGAAGAGGAGCAAAAUCAGCAGAGAGCACGAAGAAAGUCACAAGAGGAGGAGGGAGUUAAGCCCUCCUCCCAGACGCGGCGCAGUCGUGGAUGACGAGCUGGCGAGGAAGAAGCGGGAGCUGGACGAGCUGAAUGACAUGAUUGCCUACAAAAAAUCGCUGGUGGACCCUAGACAGAGGACCUGCAUAGACUACGACCAUGGUCGGAUCGCUGUCCCACUCACUGAAUACAAACCAGUCCGGUCCAUCCUGAAGAAACGACCAGAGGGACCCGAAUACCUCCACCGGCCCUAUGACGAUCCUUAUUAUGACCGGCCAUACAGUCCUUACCAAGAUCAGCGGUACGGUGACCGCUCCGGUGAUCCGUUCGCCAGUCGUUCCUACACUGAUCGCCCUUAUGGUGAGCGUUCCUACAGUGAUCGCCCUUAUGAAAAUCAUCCCUAUGGUGAACCUUCGUAUGGUGGCCCUCCGUCUGCCAGCCAGCGUUACACUGAUCGCUACGAUGUUUAUGACGAACCAUAUGACGAUCGCUACCAUGACCCAGCAUAUGCGGACCGACCAUACAAUGAUUCGUAUCGCCCUGUCAAACAGAGCCAGUCUCCAGAUCCUCAUGGUCCCUCACCUUCUUCUCAGUCCGGCCAAUAUCCUGUAGCCUCCAGCCAACCUCCCUUGAUGAAUCCUGCUGCCACUUCAUCUUCCCAACCCCCUUUAAGACCUCCUUCUCCCACAGAACCGCCUCCUAGAAGCCCGUCUCCGACACCGCAGAACACAACACCACGCCAGGCACCUCCAGCGUUGAAACCACCCCUCGAUCGCUUUCUUGACAUGCUUAAUAAAAAGGUGGAUGCUGAAAAGAAAUCAGAACCGGUUUAUGUGAACGAUGACCUUCUCCCUCAUGAGCGGGCGCUUCAAGAUGGCGGGGGUUUCUCUCGUAUUGUGGGAUUGGCUCAAGAGCAACCCAGCAGCAGUCUAGCUCUAGAAGAGAAAAAUACACCGCUAAUCCCUAAAAGGUCCUCAGUAGAGAGAACAAGUGAGGAACCAAAGAUCAAGACAGAACCCUACGACAAGAUCCAAAGUCUACUCCGUACGAUCGGCCUGAAGCUGAGUACAGGAGAUAUGUCCAAACUGGCGAGCCGAGCCCAAGAGAAAAUCUACAGCCCCAAGUCCUCAUCCACAGAAAGAGAGAUUUUGUCGUCCCCAAGAGAAGAACUGCAAACGAGUAGAACCGGUUCCAUUGAAUCGGAUCACAUCCAUUCGCCCUCACCUGCCAGGUCCUCCAGUCUGGAGCCACUCAGCAAAUCUAAAGCUGUCUCGGAGUAUGAAGGAUUCCUGGACCAGCAGGAGUUGGAGGCACUAAAGAAGGCGCAACAGCUGCAGUGUUUUACCAAGACAAUGGGGAGCACACCCUCCACCACUCCUCCUCCAAAACCUCCUCCCGGGCCUCCACCUGCCAACUACCAACAUCCAACCCUACCAAUCAACUGGCCCGUUGGAGUCACUACCCAGAUUCCCACAGAACAGGAGCAUGGGCACAGCAUGGGCACUCUAGCUCCUCCUGCAGCUGGUCAACCACCCCAGAGAUUUGGACUUCCUCCAGGACCUCCCCCUGGACCUCCUCCACGGCGUCCUGGACAGCCUCCUCCAGGACCUCCACCUGGACCUCCACCCCGUCGCCCUCCCGGAACGCCUCCUUUUGUUCCACCCUCCAGUCAUGCAGUCUUUCCUUUAAUUGGCCAGCCUCCUGCAGCUCCACCCCUUAACUCCUCAAUUCCUUUGCAGCCUUCAACCACUGCCGCAGUAUCACCACCACCAUCAACACCUGCAACAUCGAGUCCUUCAAACAAUAGCCAAUCAACCAUCUCUACGACCGUGUUUAGGUGCCUGAAGGUCAUAGAGACGGUGAAAUCUCUGGCUGGGCCAAACAAACCGGUCAAAUCAGUCCAGUUCAGUUUACCCACUUCAGCACCCAUUCCUCAGGCCUUCGCCGAGCCGUAUGAUGAAAUAAAGACCAAGCAGAAGGAGAAGCUGGAUUUGUAUAACCAGAGGGUUUUGGAAAAGAGGGAGCAACACUACAAGGAUUGGCUAACCAAACGGAAACGGAGUUCAAAGUUGGACGAGUGCAAGGAUGUCAAAUGGAUCUUCCCAGAGCUCGAUGAUCACUGCAAGAAGGUUUGUCCUGGAAAUGGCUUUAUAUCAAAUGUUCUAGCAUCUCCUGUGCUAGAACUUCUGACGUAGUGCCAGAGCCUCUGUACAUAGAUACCGCUACGACUUGACACGGAGCCUUAAACCCGUCCUCAGGGUUACCUAGACGUCUUAAGUGCAUUGCAGAGCUACAACGUCGUUCUUCUGCCACAGCCGUUAGCAGAGCCUAAUGGUUCGUCCCAGAAAAGAAGAAAGAAAAGAAGCCAACUUCAAUCUCAACCCCACAAAGUAACAUCUUUUUCCUCUUCAUAUGGUGACACCGUUGGUAUCUAGUUUAAUUAACCAGGAGUCCAGAACGCAUAAUAAUAUAGUCAGAUGAGUUUAUGAAAGGUUAAUACAGGCAUGUUUUUAUUAAGGUUAAGUAUUGUUUAAAAUUUCUAAAUACCAGCACUGAUACCAACACUGUAUAUACUUUGAUACUUUACUUGAUUAAAGUAUAAGUACCAACUUGGGUACCUUUUCAGUACUUGAUACUACAGACCCACUAUGGUCAGUACCAAAACAUGAUUGAGGCACAAUACCCAGCCCUAGUAGUUAGCUAGACAUGUAGAUACAAUGAUACUGUCAAGCAAGAUAGUUUUUCUAGGUUUGGGUAUACCGUUUACAGCUUAGAUACUGUUGCACUCAGUGGUCAGUGGGUACAUCUUCCCAUUUCUACGGACAUCUUCCUGGUCUGCAGUGGCAAAGCUGGUACUACAUUGGGACCGUCCAAACUACAAGGUCUAGAAUAUAUUUGGAUGCAUGCAAGAGCAAAAUACCUUCAGUCCUGCUUCAUGACAGCGGUCAAAAGGCCCAGACACACCAAACCAACAUCAGAAAACUAGCGGCGAUGAAGGCUGACUGUUGCGUCGCCUCAUAUCGCCUUUGUUUUGCUCAAUAAGUUGCACUCGAACACACCGCAAAGACUAUAGCCGAUGGCUGCGUGAGAGGAAAUAACUCUCCACACCAGGAAACCAGAAGACGGUGCGGGACAUGGCACAAAAAAUAGGCCGACCGCCGCUCAACCACGGCCCCAAACUGUCUGACGGCCGACUGUCGGCUUGGUGCGUCAGGACCUUUUAAACUCUAUAGCUAUAGCUCCAGAGGAUACUUUCAUUAGGACUACAGAGAGAUGCUAAAGGAUUUUCUCAAAUAUUACGUUCCAUCAAAACAAUCUCAGCACAGUACCCGACACUAAGAAGCUGUACUCAAACAGUGACCACUGAGUGUAAACACAGCACAGCUAGCUCAAAACGCCAUCGCUAAGCUUCGAUUGAUGUUCAUUGACAGUAAAGCCUUUAACUACAUGUGCUGCUGUUUGAAUAAACCUAGAGCUGUAGAAGGAAGGCCAAGAUAAAGAUAAAGUAUGUAGUACUUUGGUAGUACUACUCACUCCUACUUAAGAUUGGUUAGCGGCUCUCUCAGUUCAGCUAGUUACGUAGCUGACAUAUGCUACACAAAGACAUGAAAUGCACUCAACCAAUACUCUGGAACAGGACACAGUAGGCCUUUUAGGUUUAGACGGCUUUUACAGACAUGGCUUAAAUAAUCCAGGACACACUCUAGUCAGAGUCGCCUAGAUGUUAACAUCUAGGGUUGUAUCGUUAGGAGUUAAUGUAGGGGCCAAUCUAAGAGAGAAAGUUCGGAGGUUAAUUACAGGUUUUUGUCCAGAAGCUGGUUCUUGUGAGUUUUCAUAAAUCAUUUCAGCUUUCUAAGAAUUUCAUACAGCUGUGAAAUUCCAACCAGUUAUCACUCCCAACUCGUCAGAUACCGACGCACGGGGUACCCUUCAUGCAUGCUCUUGGACGGACCGGAGACGGCGUGUCAAUAUACGCUCGUUACAUGCAUAGUGUAAACGGUCGUGGUUGACGUUAACUUCACUGACUAGCGACUCACGUGACUGACGAUACCAACGACUCAAGUGACUCACGGGAUUGACGAUACGAACGACUCAAUUGACACAUGGGACUGACGAUUCCAACGACUCAAGUGACUCACGGGAUUGACAAAACCAAUGACUCAAUUGACACAUGGGACUGACGAUACCAACGAUUCACGGGACUGACGAUACCAACGACUCACGGUAUUGACGAUACCAACGUCUCAAUUGACUCACAAGCCUGACGAUACCAACGACUCAAGCGAUUCAUGGGACUGACGAUACCAACGACUCAAGUGACUCAUGGGACUGACGAUACCAACGACUCACUUAGUUUCACACGGGACACGAACGGCGGUCUUCUGGUUGAAAGUCUUGUUUGUUUGACCCAUCCUCCCCUCCCUCCCGCCCUGAAAGGACUCUCGCGCUAUUAAGCGUCAGUUGCUUCAACCGUUGAAUAACGUCGCAAGUGGAUUUACAUGUAUUACAUACAUACAGUCGCUAAAGGGCGCUUCCGUAUGUCCGUAUCCGAUGGCAAGAGGCGCUGACGAGUUGGGAGUGAGAACGAGUUGGAUAUUUAACUUUCAUUCCAGUUUCCCUCUUAAAGAGAAAACUAAUAUACAGUAUAUAUUUCUAACAUGUUACUCAGGUACUCUGGUCCAUCUACUAAACAGAAAUGCAAGCCAUGUUCGUGAAAGCCUUACGAGUGUUUUACUUUCUCCAUCAAGGCCUGACUCGUCCUCUCCUGAAUUUUGUGUGUCACAUCCAAUACAUUGCAUUUUUGACUGUGGUAAGUCUUUGAGGCAGGUCAUAGUAAAGCUGUGAAGGGUAAGUCAAGUUUGCAUAAACCUGAGUGGAGUGUAGCUGCGAUUUCCGGUUAUCCAGAAAAGUGACGUUUUAACAGAAGAUCCAGAAGACAACUCUUCUUUGUGACCACGCAAAGUAAAGCCUCCCUAAUUCAUUUACAGUGAAGCAAGUUAGUAUUGUACUCGUAACUUAUUUCAGUUAAGGAUAUGCUUUUACUUCAUUGUUUAUGACAUUUGCAAGCAGAAUUGUAGUCCAGGUCACCAAACCUCAAGUCCAGGUCCAGUUCCAGCCCUUCAGUUGAUUUAUCCAAGGCCAGGUUAGAGUCGCCGAGUUAAUGUUGAGUCAUGACUGAGUCACCGAGGUAAGGAUCCAUCAUUUCACAACUACAGACUGGUUUCUCAUUGUUAUCCGGCAGAUUAUAUCAGCUAUAGCCUCAGGAAGCUAACGUCGAGAGCUUCCACCAUCAUGUAGGGCUCGUCAGUCAGCUAUCAUUAACUUCAGUCAAGUGGUCAACUCAAUAUAUGCAACCAGUAAAUGCUCCUUUAGAAUGAUACGGUCAUUAUUAAGUAAUGUUACAUAUUGUGUCCAAGCUAAAUUUGUAAUUGUUUUAAAGUUUAGCCCAAAUCUAUCACGUACAUAUCAACCUAAAUCACCUUCUAAUAACUGUGAAUUGGGAAAACAUUCUGAGCCAUGACCUAGCUUUUCCUUCCAGUCUGAAGCUAACGUUAGCUCAGGAAGCUAACAUAGAGAGCUUUUACCAUAGGGGUCAUGUGUAUAAUGUCAUGGUAAUUUAUGUCAUUGCAUUAUAAUCCAUGAUAGUUUUUAAGAAUGUGGGUUUGAGUAAUAUUACGCAGCCUCUUGUCCAAGCUAAAUUUGUUGACUUUUUAAUCAGCUAGUGUGUCACAUUAGUGUUGAAGCUCAUGAACUCCCUUUUCCUUUCAGUCCGUGAAACUAUCUACGUUAGCUCAGGAAGCUAAUGUAGAGAGCAUUUAACAUCAUUUAGGGCUCAGUUGGAUAUCGUUAGCUUUGGACUUACUGGUAGUCGGUCAUCAAUAUGGUAAGUAACUCUAUACCUAACAUCAAUGACUGUGACGCCAUUGUAAAUUAUCAUGGUGAUUACUGUUACCCGUCAUUUUUAAGAAGUAUGUAGCAGCGUGCACCGGCUAAAUUUGUCCACUUCUUAAUAAACUAAGCCCACUACAGCAGUAUAGCACAACAGUGUUUUUAGCUUUAAUACCAGUGAACGGGACCCUCUAAAUUCUGGACUUUAAACUAGCCUGUGAAACUAAUGUUAGCUCAAAGAGCUAACGUAGAGAUCUUUAAGCAUUGUUCAGAGGUCGCCAGUCAGAUACCGUUAUCUUUAGCGGUUCGUUAUUGAUGUUAGCUUUGAGUUACGUCCGUGAUA